GAUCUGAAUCAUCUGAUGAAGCACAUUACAGCCAGGACGGCAGUCGGCUAGACUACUACUGUAAUACACACGCACCGACAGUCGGUAGUCAAUCAUUUAUAGUUUUAAAGCGCAGCAAAAAAACAGCAGCAGCAGGAGCAACUUCGUUUAGAGAGCUCUACUCCCUCCCCCAAUCAACCUCUCUUUCUCUCUCCUCCAUUUUCAGAUCUUGUGUUUCAGAAAGGAGUAUCAACAAUGGAGUCUUGCUGCAGCUGCAGAUCCAUUUCCAAACUCACCAGCUUCACUCUUUUCAUUGCUUUCUUACUUUCUUGCUCCUUUUUUACAUCAUCAGAAGCUUAUGAUGCACUUGAUCCAAAUGGAAAUAUUACUAUCAAAUGGGAUGUUAUCAACUGGACCCCUGAUGGAUAUCUUGCUGUGGUUACUAUGUUCAACUUCCAGCAGUACCGUCACAUUCAGACCCCAGGGUGGACACUUGGAUGGACAUGGGCCAAAAAGGAUGUAAUAUGGAGCAUGGUUGGUGCGCAAACCACCGAGCAAGGAGAUUGUUCCAAAUUUAAAGGGAACAUUCCUCAUUGUUGUAAGAAGGAUCCUACAGUGGUUGAUUUGCUUCCUGGAACACCUUUCAAUCAGCAAAUUGCUAACUGCUGCCGUGGAGGUGUAUUAACUGCCUGGGGCCAGGACACUGCCAAUGCUGUUGGCGCUUUUCAAAUUAGUGUAGGUCAAGCUGGAACAUCAAAUAAGACAGUUAAGCUGCCAAGGAAUUUCACAUUGAAGGCACCAGGGCCUGGAUAUACUUGUGGGCCGGCAAAGGUUGUGAGACCAACCCAGUUUACAACAGCUGAUAAGCGCAGAACCACUCAAGCUUUGAUGACCUGGAAUGUAACUUGCACGUAUUCUCAGUUCUUGGCUCAGAAAACUCCUACUUGCUGUGUUUCUCUGUCCUCAUUUUACAAUGACACUAUUGUCCCCUGCCCAACUUGCUCUUGUGGAUGUCAGAACAACAUAACCCAACCAGGAAGCUGUGUAGACGGAGACAGUCCAUAUUUAGCUUCAGCUAUUUCAGCAGGUGGACCAAAAGCUAGUAACACACCACUGGUUCAGUGUACCAGUCACAUGUGUCCAGUUCGAAUCCAUUGGCACGUCAAGGUCAAUUACAAAGAUUAUUGGCGUGCUAAGGUUACCAUUACUAAUUUCAACUACCGAAUGAACUACUCGAAUUGGAAUCUGGUUGUGCAGCAUCCCAACUUCGAUAAUCUCACCCAAUCUUUUAGUUUCAUGUACAAAGGAUUGACCCCUUACGAUGGAUUGAAUGAUACUGCUAUGCUAUGGGGAGUUAAGUUCUAUAAUGAUUUUCUCAAUCAAGCUGGGCCUUUUGGGAACGUGCAAUCCGAGCUGCUAUUCCAGAAGGAAAAAUCAUCUUUUAGUUUUGAGAAAGGAUUUGCUUUUCCACGGCGGGUGUACUUUAACGGCGAUAACUGUGUGAUGCCUCCUCCAGAUGCUUACCCAUGGCUGCCAAAUGCUAGUUCGAGACCUAUUAUCUCUCUGCUACAACCUGUCAUGACUAUAUUGGCUGCCUUAGCUUUCUUACUGGCAUAUGCUUAGAGAAGUAAGUAAAUGUUACUUUCCAGAUCUCUCUUAAAUCGCUUGUGUGAUGCACUUUCACCUCUGCUAACCGGUUGUCUCAGUGCUGCUUGAGCCUUGAGGUGAAACCAUUAUGACUCUGUUCAGGUACGCCAUACAUUGCUUCUAAAAAAGCGUCCAUUGUCUAUUGAAGCGUUGAGAAUCAAAAUCUGAUGCCAUUUUGUUUAGGGAUAGGCUCUUUUGUACACGUACGUAUUUAUACAUUUCAUAAUAUUCUUUUUUUCAAUUAUGCUUGUUAGAAUAUUUAUUGAGAUAUGUAUUUCAGUCGUUGUAACUUGUAAAAACUCUGGCUAUGGAAAUGCAAGUGUUAUAUAUAGAGUUGCUUGUUGUAA